CUCAAACCAGAGCCAAGCAAUACUCACAGGGCUGAACUAUGCUCAAUGAAGACGACGAAGUCUUCGUCGUGAACCAACCGCCGACCUCUCUCGAUUUCUGUGAUCCUCACUAGUAAUGGAGCUUCCGCUCAUAUCGUUGACCAGUGCUGGUACUUCGGCGGCGUCGUAUUGUACUAAGCUCGGGCUGUGCGAUUUUCCGGUGAGGAGGAGGCGGACGGGGUGGUGCGACGGAGGUAGGUUUUGUGUGAGGCAGGUUAGGGCUUCGGCGGAGCAGAGGAGUGGCGAGGGGAUUAAUGGAAGGGAGGCGGAGAGUGGCGGCGGAGCGCGGCGGUUCACGAGUCCGGCGAUGGAGGUCACCACGUUGAAUACGAGCUUCGGUGAAGCUGAGUAUCCUGUUUGGGAGAAGAUUGGCGCUGUUGUUAGACUUAGCUAUGGAAUUGGUAUAUAUGGUGGAAUGGCUUUAGCAGGUCGAUUUAUAUGCUCAAUGAUCGGUAUCGAUAGCAUGGGAGGUUUCGAGUUGAAUCUAGAUGCAAUUGUACAAGGGCUUGGAUAUGCAGCUCCACCAAUCAUGGCACUUCUUUUCAUACUUGAUGAUGAAGUUGUAAAGUUAUCACCUCAUGCACGUGCAAUUAGAGACGUAGAGGAUGAGGAGCUGCGCAGUUUCUUUUAUGGAAUGUCGCCAUUGCAGUUCAUACUAAUCGUUACUGCCAGCUCUUUGGGGGAGGAGCUUUUCUACAGGGCUGCUGUUCAGGGAUCAUUGGCUGAGAUAUUUUUGAAGGGCACAGAUCUGAUGACAGACGUUCGAGGAAUGGCAUCUUUGUCUGGGGUUCUGCCCCCAUAUGUCCCAUUUGCUCAGGCAUUUGCAGCGGUGAUCACAGCUGCUCUUACAGGUUCUUUGUACUAUGUGGCUGCCUCUCCAAAAGAUCCGGCUUAUGUAGUUGCGCCAGUUUUACAAUCUGGCUCUGGUCGUGAAGAUUUAAAAAAGCUGUUUGCAGCUUGGUAUCAGAGAAGGCAAAUGAAGAAGAUCUAUUCUCCCCUUCUUGAAGGACUUCUGGCCCUCUAUCUUGGUUUUGAGUGGAACCAGACGAAUAAUAUUCUUGCACCUAUGAUCACACACGGUAUAUAUUCGGCUGUGAUAUUGGGUCAUGGCCUUUGGAAGAUACAUGAUCAUCGUAGACGACUGCAUCAGAGAAUCGAGCAGCUGAAAGAUGAAAGUAGAGUAGAAUAGAUUUAUGAAGUAGCUUUCAUGUGGAAUCGAUCACCAAAUGUGGUGGAAAUUUGUAAAUUACAUAGCACAGAAAAUGUAACUUGUACUAUAUACAAUCAUAAGUUAAACAUCAGGCAUAUGCUGUGUGAGCAUUGGUAUACAGAAAGGUUUAGUAUUUGCGUA